GGCAUCCUUCGAAUCAGACGAAUAAGUCUGAGCUAUUUUUCACAUCUCGUGCGAUCGGGAGAAAAUGGCGUCGGGUUGGGGAAUCACGGGAAACAAAGGAAGAUGCUACGAUUUCUGGGUUGAUUUCAGCGAAUGCAUGUCCACUUGCAGACAGCCCAAGGAUUGUGCCCUCCUUCGCGAGGACUAUCUCGAGUGUCUCCACCAUUCCAAAGAGUUCCAACGGAGGAAUAGGAUAUACAAGGAGGAACAGCGCAAACUAAGAGCAGCCUCUAGGAAAGGCGAAGAGGGAGGGGACGGGACAAAUGCUCAUCACUAGCCAUGACCGAAGCCUCCUUCCUAUAUGCAUCUCCCACAAACCAUCCGAUUCCUGAGAAUAAUAAAAAGGUUUGCGAGGAUUUUGUAUGUUGUUGGAGACAGAUACUUUGAUCGUUUUCAGUUUUCUCUGCAUUGGAUAUUCUGUUGUUUCCUGUCCACUCGUGAUUUGCCUUGUCUUGGGCUGUGAUCAGACGCAUACUUCCUUCAUGGUGAUAAUUUUCCAAGGUCUUGAGAAACAAAGCACAUCACUUUUGUGUUUUUGGUUAGAUUA